AUGUCUGCUGAAAAAACGAUUGUGGCUUUGGUAACUGCUCCCAUUACCCAGAAUAUUGCUUUAAUUCGGAUUUCCGGAACUGCCACUUAUCAGAUUAUGGCUAAAAUUUUUGACCGUUCUUUACCAGAAUAUCCGCAAAAAAAACCGCAAUUAAUUUUUGGAAAAAUUAUUAAUUCCCAGCAAGAAGUGAUUGACCAAGUAUUAUUACUUUGUUUUUGCCGACCACGUUCAUUUACCGGGGAGGAUGUGGUGGAAAUUAGUUGCCACGGCAAUUUAUUUAUUGUUAACCAAAUAUUGCAAUUAACUUUAGAAAAUGGGGCAGAGUUGGCUCAGGAAGGAGAAUUUACUAAACAGGCUUUUUUUAAUGAUAAAUUAAAUUUAGUCCAAGCUCAAGCCAUUAACGAUUUAAUUCGGGCUCCCAGUUUGUCCGCUGCCAAAUUAGCCCUUCAUAAUUUAAGUUCAGAAAGCCAAAAAGAAUUGGAAGUAAUUGAAAAUGAACUAUUAGAUAUUAUUGCUACUAUCAAAGUAAAUAUUGAUUAUCCCGAAUACGACGGAGUGGAAUAUCUAACCGGAAAGGCAGCACUUUGGCGUUUAAAUAAAUUGCUGGAAAAAUUAGAAAUUAUUCAAAAAAGUGGUCAAAAAUCCCAGGUUUACCAAGAAGGGUUAAAAGUGGCUAUUGUGGGAAAGCCAAAUGUGGGAAAGUCAACGCUUUUAAAUGCUUUAUUGCAAGAAGAAAAGGCUAUUGUUUCUCCCAUUGCUGGCACUACACGAGACAUAGUAGAAGCCCGCUAUAUUUUAAAUGGAAUUCCUUUGACUUUAUUGGAUACUGCCGGAAUUCACGAAACUCAGGAUCUAGUGGAAAAAAUUGGUGUAAAAAGGAGUUGGCAAGUCCUAGAAGCCGCCGAUAUUGUCUUUUUUUUAGUGGAUAAUUCUGGUUCUUGA